AUGUUAUACCUUCUAAGCAUCUUCGUCAUGGCCGCAAACGCCGCGUUCGAUAACGAGAUACACUCGAAAUACCUGACCCUACCCCGGAUCGAGUUCGUCGAGUACUUCAACAGCUUGAACCUCACAUGGACGGCGAGACACUACGGCGAAGACCAACGGACCCACCGGCCCUGCGCUUACAUCGAUCGCAACGCCACCUAUCCGACAGUGCGGCAUGACGUCAGCUCCCUUAGCUUGCCCGACAGCUUCGACGCGAGGCAGCAGUGGUCCCAGUGCAGCUCUAUCAGCAUGAUAUACAACCAGGAGAACUGCGGCUCCUGCUGGACAUUCGGUACGGCUGGCACGGCAAGUGACCGCACCUGCAUCCACUCGAACGUCGACGUCCAGCUCUCUGAACAGGACCUGGGCUGUUGCACCAAAUGCUACCGGCAGACCGCGUGCGACGGCGGCCAACCCCCGCUCGCCUUCCAGUUCUGGAUCGACAGCGGACUGGUCACGAGCGAUUGCCUGCCGUACGACAUCAACGCACUUGCAAGCAACACCGCCUGCACCAAGACAUGCGCAAACGGGAACGACUACAACAGCGACAAGCAUUACGGCGGCAGGGUCUACUCGGUGUCGUCGGAAGAGGACCAAAUUAUGGCCGAGCUGUACAACAACGGGCCAAUAGAGACCAGCUUUUACGUGUUCAGCGACUUUAAUGAUUACAGCCAAGGCGUUUACGUUCACACGUACGGCGAAAAGAGAGGUCUUCACAGUGUACGCGUGAUUGGUUACGGCGAGGAGAGCGGCGAGAAGUAUUGGUUGGUCGCCAACAGCUGGGGCACCGACAGGGGUGAGAACGGCCUUUACAAAAUAAAACGCUUCCAGCCCGAAUUGGAGUUCGAAGACAACCUGCUUACCGCUAUGCCAAAAGGCUAU